GGGCCUUGUGACAAAAUUCCAUCACCAGGUCCCCGUUCGGUAUGGGCAAUGGGGCGCUGAAGUCGAAAGCCUCCGCGCCAUCAAAGUCCUUCCGCAUGGCGCAGCCUGCGCACGUCGUUGUGGUGGCUGGGCCCCCUGCGGCGGGGAAGGGAACCUUGUGCGAUGGCCUCAAGAAGCGGUACGGCCUUGUACACAUCUCGCCCGGGCAGAUAUUGAGAGAUGAGGUGAAGAAGGAGACAAACUUGGGACUGCAGGUCAGGCGGCACGUGCACGAGGGCACUCUUGUGCCGAACUCGCUAGUCAUGAGGAUCAUGCAGGAGAGGCUGUGUAAGCCGGAUGUGAUGAAUCGGGGCUGCUUGCUGGACAACUUCCCUCUGACGGCAGAGCAAGCCAAUGCGUUUGUGACUUUCCAGAUUGAGAAGGUGCUGUUGGUGGACGUGCCAGAGGAGGACCUGAUCGUUCGCGCCACGCAGCGACGCUUGGACCCCCUGACCGGGCGGAUCUACCACCUGAAGUACCGGCCGCCCCCCAGGGAGAUCUCAGCUCGCCUGGUGCAGAGGGAUGACGAUAGCGAGGAGUCUGUCGCGAAGCGGCUGGCGGAGUACAAGCGCCACAUCCAGGCCACUCUGCCUUUCUUUGAAGGGAAGGUCGUCAGGCUGGACGGAACCAAAGCUCCCGCAGAGGUCGUGGAUUUGGCCUGCGUGGCACUGGACAGUCUAGAGUGGACCAGCGAGGAUUUGCCAUACUUUGGCAAUGCCGCCUUCGCUGGUCCAUUUUCCAUGGAGAAGGCAACUCGCGCUGGAUUCUACUCUCCCGAACAUCUCCCGGACGAAGGGGAUAAGGCGGUAUGCUUUCAGCGCGGGGCAAAUUGGCAAAGAAGGGGCAAGGUUGCAGAGAUUUCUGAGCGCCAGAGCGAUGGCAAGAGUGGAUUGAGGAAGGGCUUUGAUGGAGUUCUGGUCAGCGUGACCGACGGGUCUGGGAGUUUCUCUUGCUGGUCGGCCUUUUUGGCACCCAUGAACGACCGGGAGUACUCCUCGCUGUGCACCACCCACGGGUUGCUGUCUUCGAACUUUUGCGCGCUCUACCCCUGCAGCAAGGGCGUGGGGGACGUGGACUUUGUCUCUAAGGAGGCCGCCCGGCAGAGUCUCCAGAAGUGGCUGGCGGAGUUGGAGGACUCGGAGGGCGAGGCCCUCGAGGUCAACGAGGAGACCAUGGAGAUGGUUCUGAAGCUGUUUGCCUCCCAGGAGGAGUCCUCCCUGUACCUCUACACCACCAAUCAGAAGCUGGGCCGCCGGAUCAGCCUUGUCACUGGUCAGGACUAUUCCAUUUACUAUCGCGCCCUCAACAACACCUUGAACUGCGACGCAGCGCGGAAUCUCUCCAAUGCCAUGCCCCUAGUGCAGCGCAUGAUCUUCUCGCUGCUCUACAACGAGAAGGAUUCCUCCAUGAGGUACCAUGCGGGCGGCCGGGUUUGGAAGGGCGACACGCAGAGACCGGUUCCUUUGAAUAUGCAAAAGUUGCGGGAGGCGCAGCGAUUGGAGAAGAUUAUUCGCUUCAGACAGUUCCAAAGCACAACGGACGACAAAGCCCUGGCCGAGAAGUACCGGACACGGGAGGAUGGCCGAGGGUAUUUGUGGAUCAUUGACAUACCCAGCCAUUUCUGGGGUGCCAGGGAUAUACAUGACAUUUCAUGGAAGAACAAGGAGAGUGAGACGCUGUUUCCCCCGUACUCCGCUUUUCGAGUUCAAAGCUUGGAUGAGAACCAGUGCCACCUGCUGGCUGUGGACCGCAGAUCGGAGCUCACUGACAGAGCGGAGCGUCAUGGUUGGGGAGGUACAAGAGAGCUGCAAAUUUAAUCGAAGUUGCAUGCGGACCUUGUGCAUUUGAAUAUCGAAUUUGCCUGGGCGUGGUGUGCCAGAUUGUCACAUGGGCAUGGGGCAAAAUGAAACCACUAGGGGAC